AACAUUUUGUGUAAACAUGUGCCAUUUGGUAAGUUUUCAACGCAUCGACGACAAUGUUGAACCUGAUCAAAACCUUCAAAAAUAACGUUAAAAUAAAAUCGGACUCUCUAUGUAUCGACAAUUGGGUGUUCAAACUUCACUAUCGUGUGACGACGGUGAUUUUUCUGGUAUCAACGGUCUUGGUGACGUCGAAGGAGUAUAUAGGUGAAAGCAUGAAGUGCCUAACCUCUAAAUUAGCAGACAGGACGUACCAAAAGUUCCUGGAAAGUUUCUGUUUCUACAAAAGCACCUUUACCGUGGUGAGUGAUGAUGAUUUCGACUCUAACAAUGUCUACAACUCCUAUGGUCUUGGUAUGCCAGGUCCAAGACUCAUCAGAAAACACAUGUACUACCAAUGGGUACCAUACGUACUGUUUUUGCAAGCGAUAAUGUUUUACGCAACGCACUACCUUUGGAAAAUCGUGGAAGGUGGCGAGGUUCGUAAAUUAAUGUCACUGGAAAAAAACUUACAACACGGUGUGACGGUCCAGGAGAAAAAAGGGUACUCCGUCCACAGACUCAAAGCCACCGUUUUGGUACACAUCCGUUUGAACCAAAGUUGGGCUUGGUGGUUUAUAUUCUUCGAAGUGUUAAAUUUAGCUAACGCGGCCUUCCAAAUCUACCUUACCAACUUAUUUUUGGACAAACAAUUCUUCGAUUUGGGGGUCAAAUUUGGUAAUCAAGGUCCGACAAUCUUGGAAAAAAUUUUCCCCAAAAAAACCAAGUGCACUUUCUUCCAGUAUGGUCCUUCUGGUACCAUCGAAAUUAUAGAUGCUCUGUGUAUCCUAGCGCUGAAUGUCAUCAACGAAAAAAUCUACCUCUUCUUGUGGUUCUGGUUCUUGGUACUAUUUGCAGCUUCUGCUUCUAUCUUGGUCUGGCGAUUGGUGACCAUGCUGCUAUAUUCUAGAAGCCUAGCUUUCAACAAACUCGCCUUCGGGUAUUUGACUCAAACCAAAGUCAGACCGUCUGAUUUCCAUAGAAUUUUGAACCACUGGAGCUACUCGGAUUGGUUUCUGCUGCGAUAUUUGUCAAAAAAUAUGGACGGUUUUGCGUUCAAGAGUCUCUUCGAUUUGGUUUGUCAAAACACCACGAUCGUAAACGAUAUUUCUUGAACUGAAUAAUUAAAACCUAUUUUGAAACUAA